AGCUUGUUCAAUGACCUCCUCCGCUGAGCCAUCAUCGAUGCUAAGAGGUGCGCUGCUUCGACCUCGAGUUAGAUGACCCUUGACACCGCGGCUAGUACAGCGUGUCAACAAUUCGUUCGAGUGAGGCAAACAAGACCCUCUUCUUCUUCACUUUCUUUUCCUCGUAAACACUUCCCGUUUCGGGAAGUGACUGGACACAUUUGGCCUAAGUGUGUGGAGCGGUGCGCCGAAAACAGUUGAACGACCGAAGAACCUGCGGAGUCCGUGCCCUCCGGACAGCACGUGCAAGCAACCACCUCGACAAAGCUGAAAAAAUUUGUGCGUCAUUCAACGCGGUACACUUUGUGUUCUCGCGGACAUCUAAAACGUUCGUGUAGCUCCGGGCGGGGUCCAGGUGAGGUCGACGAAGGUCGCAAACUGCAGCCACCGACGGGUGUGACUCCCGGUGUGACUCCAACACGUGACAGCUGCACGCCACUACAGUUUGGCGUUUCGCGCGCAACCGCACCCGGCUGGUAGCACAUCUCAGCUCUUGGUACUCUUGGUACUCGUGAGUGCCCUUCAAAGACUCCUGUGGGGUGUGAGGGGUGACAUUUCACACGUUCGAGGCUCGGCGCCGGUGGAGGACGCUUGUCCCGGUAUUCAAGGACAGCCCCCCAACUGGAACUGUUUCGCCACCUCGUUACCGCAUUCAUCCUUAUAUUCAUCGAGCGAAGCACGCUCAAAGUCUGGGCUGCCGGUACCCCGUCGCCAACAGCGCCGACAUGGACAAGUGUCUAACGUGGAUCGCCACUUUCCUCUGCCUACUGCUUCUCGUCGAGGCUAUGGCGGAGGCGUCUCCUUACAGCGUCGCCGGUGAGGAGGCCGUCGGAAGCGGCGCUUCCGCCGAGGCGGACCCCUACGAAUUCUGCCGAGCGCACUUCGGCGCGGACUUCGCUCUGAACCGCGAAGUCCGCCGCGCCGCCAAUUCGGUCGAGAAACAGCCUCACGAGCCAAGGGAUGACCUGGACGACUACAACGACAACCUGGCCCGUCUCUUAUUCUUCACACGAAAGAGGAGCUGCAUUCGUCGUGGGGGCAGUUGCGACCACCGCCCGAACGAUUGCUGCUACAACUCAUCGUGCCGAUGCAACCUUUGGGGCACCAAUUGCCGGUGCCAGAGGAUGGGCCUGUUCCAGAAGUGGGGCAAGAAAUGAGGCGCCCCCUAGGGGGCACCGUCGACAGCCUGCGACCAGCGUAUAGAAGACGGCGGACGGUUUUGGAACGUGUGAAAGAGAAGAAAUGAACAAGGAAGAAGGAAGAAGGAAAAAAAGAAAAGAAAAAGACAGCCACCGCAUCUCUGUCUCUGUGGUACAUGGUAGUUCCUCAGCCGUAGUUGUUUCGUAUCGUUCUUAUUCUUUACUACGCGACUAGAAGCAAGCCCCUAGUGUUCUUAGACAUAGAGGGCGCCACGGGCUGCGCAAGAUGCGCGUCGUUCGCUGGCGUUGAGUGGCUUCGAUGUUUGUCAACGCGAGGUGGAUAGCUGAGGCAAACGGGUUUGGUUCUGUCGUCGACUAUCUAGUAUCUCGGUUCAACGCGUGUAGUUUUUCGACGCGCGGCUU